GCUCAUUGCAGGCAGAGAGGAAGCAGUGAGCGGAGCCGGAAGGGCAGCAGCUACAGAGGACGGAUCUGAAGUGAAGCGCUUCUACAAACAUGCUGACCAACCUCUCUAACGUGCUCAGAGCCUGCGCCCAGAGAAAUGGGGCUGCAGUGGUCAUGUCAGCGCGCACGUACGCUGACUUCACAACCCAAGCCACAUUUGAAGUGAAGAAAUGCGACCUCUUCAAGCUGGAGGAAGGCCCUGCCACUCAGGUGGUGAUGACUCGGGAUGAGGGCCUGCAGUACUACCGCACCAUGCAGACCAUGCGGCGUAUGGAGCUGAAGGCAGAUCAGCUGUACAAGCAGAAGAUCAUCAGAGGGUUCUGCCACUUGUAUGAUGGACAGGAAGCCUGUGCUGUUGGUAUCGAAGCCUCAAUUAAUCUGUCAGACCACCUGAUUACUGCCUACCGUGCCCACGGCUACACUCUCACCAGGGGAGGGACUGUGAAGGAAAUCAUGGCUGAGCUCACUGGCAGAAGAGGAGGCAUUGCAAAGGGCAAAGGAGGCUCCAUGCACAUGUACUGUAAACACUUCUAUGGAGGAAAUGGAAUUGUUGGAGCUCAGGUUCCUCUGGGUGCUGGAGUGGCUCUCGCCUGCAAGUAUCAGGGCAACAACGAGCUGUGCGUCUGCCUCUAUGGAGACGGUGCUGCCAACCAGGGUCAAAUCUUCGAAACCUACAACAUGGCGGCUCUUUGGAAGUUGCCCGUCAUCUUCAUCUGUGAGAACAACAGAUACGGCAUGGGGACGUCAGUGGAGCGAGCCGCAGCCAGCACGGACUACUUCAAGAGAGGAGAAUUCAUCCCUGGUCUCAGGGUGGAUGGAAUGGAUAUCCUGUGCGUUCGGGAAGCCACCAGGUUUGCCGCUGACCACUGCCGAUCCGGAAAGGGCCCUAUUCUCAUGGAGCUUCAAACGUACCGUUACCACGGACACAGCAUGAGCGACCCUGGCGUCAGCUACCGCACCCGCGAGGAGAUCCAGGAGGUCCGCAGCAAGAGUGACCCCAUCUCCCUGCUGAAGGACCGCAUGCUCAGCAACAACAUGGCCAGCGUGGAGGAGCUCAAGGAGAUUGACGUGGAGGUGAGGAAGGAAAUCGAGGAUGCCGCUCAGUUCGCGACUACAGACCCGGAGCCUCCGCUGGAGGAUUUGUGCAACCACAUCUUCUCCAACAACCCCCCCCUGGAUGUGCGCGGCACAAACCCCUGGUCCAAGCUCAAGUCCGUCAGCUGAAGACUUUCUGUCCCUUUUGUUUAAUGCCCUCAUCCAGCCAAAACAACACAUUAGUCCCGCCCCCUUUACACUCCUCACACACACACACACACAUUGCAUAAUGUACCAUAAACUAGUGCCUCAGACCCAGAGACUAAAGCAUCAGCAAGUAUUUCACCUCCAUUUCUUCACCAGCACAGGCCAUGUUCACCAAGAUGUUCUGAGAGAGAAACUCCAAAUACUUAAAAGCUUAAGUGUAUUAUCGUCAUCUUAUCCCAGUUGCCACUAAUUAUUCUUGGUUUUAUUUGCAUACAGCUGAAAGAUUUGGUGGAUUAGAAGAGUCAAAUACUGCCAGUGUUUGUACAGUUUGACAGGCAGCUUCGAGAACCGUGCAGCUGUUUGGGCGCAGUGUUUCAUCAUGGCGGCGAACGCUGAGCCUUAAAGGAAAAAAAAAAACUACAACUCUGAGAAUCAAAUCAACCUCAGGUGUGUGUGUUUUUCCAUUAGUUUUCUUGAAUUUCUGACUUUAUUGUUGUUAAUAUAAAUCUUCAUGAGGAGUUUGAUUCACUUUCUUACAUGUUUUUAGCAUCGGAGGUGUUUUACCCCCGUGAUCAGUGCGGAGCAGACUGUGCUUGUUUGGUGCUUGUCUCGGGUCACUUCUGAGGCACUAAAGGUCAUUAACACUUACAUCAUUUACUUCUCAAACAAACUGUCUGACUUGUAAAAACUGCUUUGUACAGAAGUGUACAUGAUAAAUAAUUCAAAUUGAGUGAAUCGGUUUUUGUCAUUUGUUAAUGUAACCUUUUUGUUACAAAGACACCAUAAAAGGCAGCAGAGUGUCUGUCAGCUCUCUGCUCUCUUUUGAUAUGGGCUAUGUCUUAGAUUAGAAGCAGACGAUAUCAGAAGAAAUAUUUAAUUCUGUAAAACGUGAAUGUGCCUGGUAGAUUUGGAAAAAGAAUGUUGGAGCUGAGCGAGACUGUUUCCAUCGAUACGGUUUGAUUUGCAGACACUCGGGUCUGUUUUUGAAUUUGAUAAGUGGUUAAUUAAUUGAAGAUAUUUGGUUCCUGAUGUACAUACAGAGGUUUAAAAACCUCAACGUGCAAAAUUCUCAGAACGUGGCCCAUCCAUUAAUCGUGAAUGUGAUGUUCGAAAAUGGAAGUAUAUUUAACUGCUGAGUUUCACGCACAAUUUCCCAAAUUUGGAAAAGACUGGAGUUACGUCUCCCAAAACAAUAUUAUCUACAGUGACUUCUCAAGCAGUCGACGCGCACUGUAAAUUAACAAUGAAUUACAAGGGAGUGUCGGACUUUUUCUCUGCAACAUGGCAAGAAAAGCAGACUUGAUUUUAAAAUGGCACCACGUGUUGAUACAGCUGGGAGAAAGAAAACCUGAGAGGGGAAGGUUUGUGGUAGUAAUCUGUUACGUUUGUCACCAGAGCGAGACGAGGCUGAGAAGCGCUCCGUGGAAAGCUCGGUGAACGUGUGAGGUGUUGUAAUAAAAACACACUAAGUUAU